AUGCCCAAGAUACUCAAUCCCAUCUUACCUGGCUUCAACGCCGACCCUUCCAUCGUCCGCGUCGGCAAGGACUACUACAUUGCCAACAGCACGUUUGAGUGGUUCCCAGGCGUGCAGAUCCACCACUCCACCGACCUCGCCAACUGGACUCUCGUGUGUCGGCCCCUGAGCCGGAGGUCCCAGCUCGACAUGCGCGGCGACCCAGACAGCUGCGGCGUGUGGGCCCCCUGCCUGACGCACGACGGCAGCAGGUUCUACCUUGUGUACACGGACGUGAAGCGCAAGGACGGCUCGUUCAAAGACGCGCAUAACUACAUUGUCACGGCCGAGCGCAUCGAGGGCCCCUGGUCGGACCCCGUCUACGCCAACAGCAGCGGCUUCGACCCCAGCCUGUUCCACGACCCGGACACGGGCCGCAAGUGGUUCGUCAACAUGCUCUGGGACCACAGGCGGCGCGGCGGGCUGCUGGGCGACAGCGCCUUUGCGGGCAUCGUGCUGCAGGAGUACGAUGCUGCCCAGGGGAGGCUCGUGGGGCCCAAGAGGACCAUCUUCCUGGGGACGGAGCUGGCGCUGGUCGAGGGCCCGCAUCUGUACCGGCGCGGGGGGUGGUAUUACCUGCUGACGGCGGAGGGGGGCACGUCGUAUGAGCAUGCCUGCACGCUCGCGCGGUCGCGGGAUCUCUGGGGGCCGUACGAGGUGCACCCGCAGAAGCACAUCCUCACGAGCAAGGACGCGCCAGACGCGGCGAUCCAGAAGGCCGGGCAUGGUGAUAUUGUCGACACGCCGGACGGGAGGACAUAUCUUGUGCACCUGUGCGGGCGACCGACUACCGAGCGCAGGCGGUGUGUCCUGGGCAGGGAGACGAGCAUCCAGGAGUGCCGGUGGGCGGACGACGGGUGGCUGUAUGUCAAGGACGGGCCGGUGCCGAGCCUGUGGGUGGACGUGCCCGGCACCAGGGAUGAGGACAAGUACUGGGCCGAGAUGAGGUACACGUUUGAGGCGGGGUCGCUGCACAAGGACUUCCAGUGGCUGCGCACGCCCGAGCCAGAGCGCAUCUUCAAAGUAGGCGGGGGUGAGGACAAGAGCCAGCUCGUGCUGUACGGGAGAGAGACGAUCGGGUCGUGGUUCGAGCAGGCGCUCGUGGCCCGGCGGCAGACGCACUUCUCAUAUGACGCCGAGACGGUGGUGGACUUCCAGCCGGAAGACGAGAGGCAGUUUGCAGGGCUGACGGCGUAUUACUGCCGAUACAAUUUCUACUACCUGGUCGUCUCUGCGGACUCGGACGGGCAGAGGGAGCUGCUGCUCAUGGUCUCGGAUGUGUCGUGGCCAGAUGGCUAUCUGCAGGAGCAGCCGCUCCUCGAGCCGGUCAAGAUCCCCAACGAGGGGAAAGUCAGGCUGGCGCUCACCAUCCGCGGGUCGGAGCUGCAGUUCUUCUACGCCAUGGAGGGUGAGGGCGACGGCACGCUGAAGGAGAUCGGGCCGGUGUACGACGCCAGCAUCCUCUCUGACGAGUGUGGUGGGCAUCAGACGCAUGGCAGCUUCACGGGGGCGUUUGUUGGUGUGGCGUGCUCGGAUUUGAACGGGACGGCGAGGGAGGCCAAGUUUGAUCAUUUUGUGUAUCGCCCUGUCAAGCAUGAGUCUGUCUGA